AUGCCGAACGCUCCCACCGGCGACCCCAAGUCCCACGACCUCUCCGAAUUCUCCGAGAAGCUGGUGGGUACCUGCCUCUGCGGCAGCAUCACAGUGACCAUCACCGACUCCGAGCUCUUCGCCAAACGCCGCGGCCAUCUCUGCUACUGCGCCAACUGCCGCAAAACCUCCGGGUCGUACGUAGGCUCCAACCUUCUAAUCGAGAGCGAGAAAGUGCACUUCGAAGAUCGUGAUGGGACGCUCAAGACUUACGAGGAUCGGAAUACGUUGAGUGGGAAUCCGGUGUAUAGGAGCUUUUGUGGGAAUUGUGGGAAUCCGCUUCGCUCGGAGACGGAGCUGUACCCUGGGAAAGUCGUCUUGAAGAUGGGUAUAUUUCCGAGGAUUCCACAGCCCGAGGCGGAAGGAUUUGGACUCCAUAAGCAUCCGUGGCAGACGACUCAUGAGGGUGUUGAGACGUAUGAGAUCAAAUGGGCAGGCCCGGAAAAGAAGCGUAUGUAG